AUGUCGGAGCAAACCGUCACUAUUCGUUCCACGGCCGAGUCAGUCUCCCCAAGAGUCAUUAUACCUGCGGUCACGGUCGUUGGAGUGUUGGUGCUCAUAAUAAUCGCUGGCGCAGUUUACGCGAUCGUUCGAGCACACAAGAGACGACAGCGGCGACGGGGGCAGCGGCUGUCGAGGGGCGAUGAGGAGGCAGGCGGUUUUGAUGAUAGUGAGGGAGUAUGGCGCGAGGGUAAUUGGGAUAAUUACGUGCGGAACGGACGGUUGACCAGAGAUUCACGCCAGAUGAAGGGCAUGGUGUUUUCUGGCAGAUCCGACACCAUCAUCAGACAGCCGGAAUCGGCCGCAACGAGAUCCCCUCGUCCGCCUUCUUGGGAUGCGAGGGAUCUCGUCGGCCAGGGCUUCCAGAGGGGCUCCUUGGGAGGAGCGAAUCGGGAGGUCAACACUGGACGUGGUUAUGAGAUCGGCCACAUGGCGGACGUGUAUGAUCCUUCGGACGCGAAAGGCGGCAGUGUUCAUGUGGCCGAAGUGUCCCUGGGAAUUCACCCAGCGUUCCGUACGAGCCCGCCAGGCAGCAGCAAGAUCGAACGCAUGACCGGCAGUCGACUAUCCAACGGGAUGUACGAAGACCGGCCCAGCGGUUCCAGGGAAGGGUCUAAUUCGGGGAGCUCGGGCCUGAGCUAUCCCCAGCUCAACAUCAACAUUCCAUCCACCCUUCCAGAUCUCAACACGGAUAUCUCGCCCACAACGACCAUUUGGUCCCAAUUUUCCCCCCACAGUGCUGGCGGCCUCGGUGGUACACAGUUGGCUCCGCCUCCCGCGACCGCAGCUUACCCUAAUAUUACGGCGUUGGCGAAGGUUUCCGGAUCACGGUCGUCGAUUCAAACCACAUCCUUCUACAUCAGGGAUCAGAGUAUCUCGGAACAUGUAGCAACACAGUUCGCCCCGGCCAGACGCGAGAGUCGGCGUGAGAGAUCGAGUGCGGCAUACAGCGGUUCGAGUCAUAUGCGGAGGAACUCUUCGACCAGGACCAGAAAGCUAGUGCCGCCACUUUCGGCCGCAUUCGGUGGCUUCACGGGCCUGACUCGGUACGAUUCCAAGGCAUCUCGUGCAUCCCGAGCGUCGUCAAUCUCGACGUUCAGACACGGAACACUCGAAGAGGAGGAGGAGAAUGAGAACGUACCGCCGCUACCUUCGCCUACGCCGAAGCAACGGCGCUCGUGGAGUGGCCGCUCGGUCCUUCUCCUGGACGAGUUCCCUAAGAAAUCCGCACAGACCACUGCUACGCCCCUUUCCGGGAGCCCCCGCAUCGGUAGUUACCUGGGAUCCUCGAUCCCAGAAGCCGAUGGAGGGGAAGACCUGCGGAGGACGACGUCGGCCUCCAAAGUCUCAAUCUCGUCAAUGCCUUCGUCGGUGUCUUCGUUCAACACCAUGUACGCCGCUGGUGGACUAUCUCCAACGCCCGCGCCACGGCUGAUGCAGCUCUCGCCCUCGGACCGCGGCAGAAGCCCCGUCAGCGACACGCGGUCGAACAAGUCCACGAUCGACCUGGAGAUGGAGACGAGGACCAGAAACUGGGCGAGGGAGCGUGCGGAGGGAUACGAGCAGAAGAAGGCGAGGAGGAAGCGAGAGGACGAAGAAGACGAUGAGCACCACCAACACCCGGCUAGGUCGAGCUUUGGAUUCUUGUGA